AUGAGCUCAAACAUGGUUGGAGUUGCACUGAAGACAGCCUUCUCUCUUCUGCUGCUUGCCUCUAUUGUACAAGGGCUCCGUGAUGUUGAGCUGUUCUAUAAUGAAACGGUGGAAGCAGUAGUCGGCCAGAACGUCAGCCUACCUUGUAUAGUGAAAAAUGGUGUCAAAAUUGUCAAUACUGAAUGGAGUAAGAGAGAAAAUGAAAUCAUAAAGCUGGCUCUGUACACACCAGGUUUUGGACUCCAUCGGUUUAGGCCUAAUAUUAACAUCCAGACUGUGUACAAUUAUGCAAAGAACUUCAUGGGCUCCUAUCUACAGCUUUAUAAAGUGGAGAGAGAGAACAGUGGCAUCUAUGUUUGUGAUAUUACAACUUUUCUUUUCGGCUCCGUCAGGGUUGAAACAGAGCUAAAGAUCAAAGAUGCUGUCAGAAUAAUGUGUGAUGCUAAUAACACUGUUGAAGUCCAGUCUGGAGAAAAUGUGAUCAUUCACUGUGAGGUGUCCCAAAAAGCAUAUUGCAGGUGGACCAAGAACGAGAAGCUGGUGUCACGGAGUGAAUCUCUGGAGCUCUGGUGGGUGACUUCUGCUCACGCAGGCCUUUACACACUGACUGUCGAUACAGGAAGUGAAACAGUGCAUAAGAAGUUCUACAUCACAGUCCUAGCAAGCCCAAAGAGAGGGCCCCGUGAUGUUGAUCUGUUCUAUAAUGAAACGGUGGAAGCAGUAGUCGGCCAGAACGUCAGCCUACCUUGUAUAGUGAGAAACAUCACCAAUCUAAAGAUUGUCAAUACUGAAUGGAGUAAAAGAGAAAAUGAAAUCAAAAAGCUGGCUCUGUACACACCAGGUUUUGGACUCCAUCGGUUUAGGCCUAAUGUUAGCAUCCAGACUGUGUACAAUGAUGCAAAGAACUUCAUGGGCUCCUAUCUACAGCUUUAUAAAGUGGAGAGAGAGAACAGUGGCAUCUAUGUUUGUGAUAUUACAACUUUUCCUUUCGGCUCCAUCAGGGUUGAAACAGAGCUAAAGAUCAAAGAUCUUGCAGACAGCAGCGUUACAUCACAGACCUCUGAGCUUCCUCCUACUGACAGCAGUGUAACUUGGACCACAGCUGUGGGCAGUGAUGUGACCAGAUAUGACUUGAGGUCAGAGGAGUCUAGCACCUUGAGAAGCAGUACAGCAAACUCUUCAACACCAGGUGCAACCACAACUCUGAGUCUGAGCGCUGGAAAUACAACAGAAGCCACUGAGUAUAACGGUUCUUUACGAACUCAUUGGUGGUUGGUGUUCAUCAUCGUUCUGUUACUGAUCAUCGUGGCUGUCUGUCUGUACACGAGACGAAUCAGAAGGGAGAGGUGA